AUGGCUUCAUCGGGGUCGGAGAUGAGAUCAUCUGUGCCGCCGUCUCUAGAAGAAUUAAGCACCAGAGGCGCCACCGCCUUCCUUCUUCCAUGGAUCCUCAGCAUGGCCACUGCCUCGUCUCAACAACCCCGCGAUGUUGUGGUGUUCAUAAACCAAGCCACAGGGGCUAUAACCAUGAUCGAAGGUUCCCUCGACGUCGAAGCGUUCCUCAGCGGCAUGCCCAGGAAGGAAGGGCCGUUGCCGGCGUCAAAAGCGUCUAUCGACUCCAUGCCGGUGGUGAAAAUAACGGACCUGGGUUCGGAGUGUCCGAUUUGCAUAACGGAGUUUGAGGUGAACGGGGAGGUCAAAGAGAUGCCGUGCAAGCACAAAUUCCAUUCGGGUUGUAUUGACAAGUGGUUGCGGGUCAGUGGGUCGUGCCCGGUUUGUCGGUACAAUAUGCCGGUCGAGGAGAAGAAAGAAACUAAUGGUGAAGAAGAGGAGGUGGAAACGAGAGAGGGACCGGGGAUGAGAAUUCACGUGUUUGUUGCACGUGGUGGCAACCAGAGGGAGGCGGGUUCGGAUAUGAGUGUCCGGUCCGGACACGAGAGCUCGGAGAGCAAUCCAGGAAGUGAGAAUAGAAACCGGUUGCAACCCGGAAACAUGGAUUUAGAUCAAUAG